UUCUUCCGUUAGGCAUAGCUAACGUUAGCUGGUUAGCCAUAUGUAAUGAAUCGUGACUCAAACGGUCGUGACUUUUAUUUUAUUUUAGUGGCAGCAUGAUGAAUGCACAGUUUCCACGUAUGUAUCGUCUAUAAAACUGGAAACGAAAAUGAAAAUCUGUCUAUUCUUGAACACUGAGUUUAUUUGCUGUUCGCAGUUUGUUUGAUUUGUGUUCCGGGUUAAUCGAGGCGGGGGGUGGCUCACACUCAGACCAAUCACGGUGCUUCUAAGUCAAACCCCGCCUUUCGCGCCCGCUAAGAUUUAUUUAUCGAACGCACUUCCGGACUCCGAGCAGACAAAAGGAGGCGCUUAAGGUCGUUUGUGUCACGUCAAUAAACGAACAUCAGUUGUAAAUGUUUGACAUUUGCGCUGAGGAAACAACUUCCUGUAUAUUUCCACAGUGAAGCCUCUGUCCCACGGUGUCACGUAUCAACAGCAUGAGCACCGUUGGCACCUUCACCUCCGGCAGUUUCAGCUCCACCUUAACAAAGCGAUGUCAGCUUUCAUGCAGUUUUUUGCAUUGACGUCAACCGCAUACAGCACAAAACAGAGGCUUUCUCCAUAUUUCGUAUGCCUGAGUCAGAAUAUGGACAGAUAGCCGGACUCUGGGACCAGUUUUAAACCAAUCUGACUGCGACAGCUGCUGAUUUAUCUCCCAUCACUGUGAGGAAGACACUGCGUCCAAGGAUAACCGCACCACAACCACUGUUGCCCAGAGCGCGGCCCAGGCAAGAGCCCGCGACCGCCAGAUCAGGCACCAUGAUGGAGGGGGGCAUGCAGCUGCUCAACCGCGAUGGCCACAGCAUCUCGCACAACUCGAAGCGCCACUACCACGACUCCUUCGUGUCCAUGAACAGGAUGCGACAGCGUGGCCUUCUGUGUGACAUUGUGCUCCAUGUCUCCAACAAAGAGAUCAAGGCGCACAAAGUGGUGCUGGCAUCCUGCAGCCCCUACUUCCACGCUAUGUUUACCAAUGAGAUGUCGGAGAGUCGGCAGACUCAUGUAACCCUCCAUGACAUCGACCCUCAGGCUUUGGAGCAGCUGGUCCAGUAUGCCUACACAGCAGAGAUCGUGGUCGGGGAAGGCAAUGUGCAGACGUUGCUCCCAGCAGCGAGCCUGCUGCAGCUCAACGGGGUGCGGGACGCCUGCUGUAAGUUCCUCCUCAGCCAGCUGGACCCCUCCAACUGCCUGGGCAUCCGAGGCUUCGCUGACACACACUCCUGCAGCGACCUGCUCAAGUCUGCACACAAGUAUGUCCUGCAGCACUUUGUGGAGGUGUCCAAGACAGAGGAGUUUAUGCUGCUGCCACUGAAACAGGUGCUAGACUUGAUCUCCAGUGACAAUCUCAACGUGCCAUCUGAAGAGGAAGUAUACCGAGCUGUGUUGAGCUGGGUGAAACAUGAUAUAGAUGGACGCAGGCAACAUGUACCCUGGCUGAUGAAGUGUGUGCGGCUGCCACUGCUGAAGCGAGACUUUCUGAUGAGCAACGUGGAUACAGAGCUGCUGGUGCGACACCACUCAGAGUGCAAGGACCUCCUGAUCGAGGCUCUCAAGUACCACUUGAUGCCUGAGCAGAGGGGAGUCCUCAGCAACAGCAGGACGCGUCCACGACGCUGUGAGGGCGCCAGCCCUGUGCUCUUCGCCGUUGGUCAGUGUGCCCCUGAAGGUGGUGGCAGUCUGUUUGCCAUCCAUGGAGACUGCGAGGCGUAUGACACCAGGACUGAUCGCUGGCACAUGGUGGCGUCAAUGUCCACUCGGCGGGCACGAGUGGGCGUGGCAGCCAUUGGGAACAGACUUUAUGCUGUUGGAGGGUAUGAUGGCACCUCAGACCUCGCAACCGUGGAGUCCUACGACCCCAUCACUAACUCCUGGCAGCCUGAAGUUUCCAUGGGCACACGGCGGAGCUGUUUGGGUGUAGCAGUUCUGCAUGGCCUAUUGUACGCUGCUGGAGGUUAUGAUGGAGCUUCCUGCCUCAAUAGUGCAGAGCGUUAUGACCCUCUGACCAGUACAUGGACCUCGAUUGCUGCCAUGAGCACCCGUAGGAGAUAUGUGCGAGUAGCAACUCUGGAUGGCAGCUUGUAUGCAGUGGGAGGUUAUGACAGCUCCUCACAUCUCGCAACAGUGGAGAAAUAUGACCCCCAGAGCAACACAUGGACAGCCAUUGCCAACAUGCUGAGUCGGCGUAGCAGUGCUGGCGUAGCCGUGCUGGACGGCAUGCUGUAUGUUGCUGGAGGCAAUGACGGCACCAGCUGCCUGAACUCUGUGGAGCGGUUCAACCCUAAGUCCAACACCUGGGAGGGAGUGGCCCCCAUGAACAUACGCAGGAGCACCCAUGACCUGGUGGCUAUGGAUGGCUGGUUAUACGCAGUGGGAGGUAACGAUGGCAGCUCCAGUCUCAACUCUAUCGAGAAGUACAACCCACGCAGCAACAAAUGGGUCGCGGCCUCCUGCAUGUUCACACGGCGCAGCAGUGUGGGGGUGGCUGUGCUGGAGUUACUGAACUUCCCACCACCCUCCUCACCCACCCUCUCGGUUUCCUCCACCAGCCUUUGACACGGGGUCACCGCUUGGCUGACCUCAGCCUCUGCUGCUACAGCCCAGACUGGCUCUGGGAAGAGACGCAACUGCUCGGUUUGACACAGGGAGUAGGAGGACGGGAGUGGACAGGUAAUGGGACUGAGGGGGGAGAAGAGAAAGAGGGGAGGUGUGGCUAAGGCUCCUGGCUUGGUUAAUACGCAGUACCCUCCAGAAUUAGUGGCUCUCUUGUUAUAGGUUCGCCGUAGUUUAAGAAAAUAUACAACAUGAGUCGUGAACUAAAAAUCAAGGCAAUUUUUUAAAAAAUUGUUAAUGUACAAAAGACAUGUUCAACACACAGCUAUUAUUUUUUCAUGAACAGUUAAGGACACAAGAUGAUUUAUGAAAAAUCCACCAAGAUUUUUAUUUUGUGGUCAAACCAAUCUGGCUGGUCCUUACCAAGUUUGCCAUUACUUCUGGACUGCACUGUAUCUGUUCUGGAAGCCUGAAACUCCACUGUACAGCUCCACCAUACAGACACCAGCUCCCACUCUCCUCAAGAGUACAAAGAUGAUCCCGAUGUUGUAAACAGUGACCGAUCUUUCCUCAAGCUCCACUUUUUUUCCCACCACUCCAGUGUUUGACACACUCCUCGUGAAACGUGGUGGGCACUUAAUUCUGUCAUGUGAAAUGUAAAUGUUUUUGGUUUGAUGUUGUCCUCUGCAAGAUUUUUUCUUUUGAUGUCAGGAUUUUUUGCAAUAAUGUACAAAAAAGAGAAACUGAAUGAUUUUACUUUUGGAAUGUAGCUUUUUACUGGGUGUACCAUGCAUGUUUACGUAUUGGCAUCGACUCCCAACAGGAGGAUAAAAUGUUGUAGUGCUGCUAAGCCACACUAGGUGGCAGUAAGAGGCAAUGUUAUAAACCCUUCCCACACUGCAAUUCAGCAUGGACACUGACGACAUAGAGACGUUAGGCCCUCAGAACUGUAUAUGAGUUUAAAUCCUUUUUUUUUUUUUAUAAACACAGAAGAAUUAUGUUGAACUAAAUGUAUUUAUAAAAAUGUAUAAAUUCUAAUAUAUUCUGUUUUAAAGAUGCUUAGAGAAGGAAACAGAUCAGACAUAUGCCUAUUUAAGAGUGUUUUUAAUAUAUUUAUUUAGUUGUGUGAUGCGCAUAUCAUCAAUAGAAAUGACAAAGAGAAUGUCCAAGUGUGAAAGCGGUAUCAGUCUCCUGGUUAUGAGGACUGAUUGUUGCAUUUGAUAUGCAGCAUUUCAUUUACAUUUCUUAAUGUUUCUUCACUGCCACAAGCAUGAUCUCCCAUGAAACUGUACCUUAUGUCUGCUACAUUUGUGCAAAAGGCGUUACUUGCUUGCAAACCUGUUGACCAGACAAUGAAAGGACUCUGAAUUGUCUUUAAUCCUAUGUAGUGGACAUGAAGGUGGAUAUACUCCGUGGACACAUUACAGUUUAAAAUGACAUUAAAGCAGCAAGUACUAGUUUACCUACUGUAUAUCAACACUUGACACUAAUGAGUAAUGCUGUUGACACUUGGUGCUGUCAUAUUUCCUUCCGUACAUAAUCAAGUGUGGUGUCUUGUUAUAUUACCUCAUUGUUGAAAUGGAUCCAACUCUGUUGCAACUAAAAACAGCUGUAAAAUUAACUACAAAUAUACUGGCUAUAGAACGUGUGGAGGGUGACGUAGGAAUGUCACCGCUGAACUUGCGUUGUUUGAUAUAAAUGGAUUACUUUGAGUCCUCUUGACUCAGUUAACACCUGGGUUCAGUUCAGUUCAUGUGUAGCGCAGUGAUACUAUUUCAGACUUCUGAGAAGUUGCCUUUUUUUUCCUCCUUUUUUUUGAAGGAUUUCGUUGAUCCAGUUGUGUUUAUCUGAAACUACCUUACUUUUCAUUUGUUAGAGCGGACCCAGUAGAAUAGGGGCUGUGAUGGUCUUAUGGAGAUGCUGUUAUUCUGUAAAGCCGCUGUGAGUCAGGGCCGGACUUUAAGAGAAAGGCACACAAAACCACACAAGACUUUGGCCUCAAUUCUGCUGAUUUAACUGUAAAUACAAAAGUUGCUUAUCUUAAAUCCGUUUGUGCAAUUUCAAUGUGACUGUAGCUUUUUUUUUUAUUUUAGUUUGUGUUCAAUGUGGUGAUAUUUGUUUAUUUAUGAUAUGUUUGUUAUUUAUGAGAAACUUUAAAAUAUUGAAUUUUGCACUAUUGCGAAAUGGAGCAAUACAAUGUAAAAAAUAAAAUAAAGAUGUUUUCAGAUG